AUGGUUAUCUGUUUAUCCGCUCCCCAUAUUGACGCGAUAAAAUCGUAUUCGAGGUGUGAAUUAAAUUGAAUUAAAUUAAAUGCUAAUUGGUAUAGUUAUUUGUGAUUCAAAAUAUUCAUACUACAUCAGAUAACAAUAAAAUUGGCAACUUGUGACAAAAGACAUAUAAAACUAGUGAACUUUAACGAGAAAAAGGACUCAAAAAGUGUCCCUUAUCAGUGCAGAUGGUCAAGAUGUUAUCAUCUCGUCAACAUUGAUUACUUACCAGUGGCGUACCGCUGAUUAGGUAAAAUGAAUCAGACCCCGACCCCAAAUGAAUCAGAAAUCGAUUCUCAUCAUGUAAUACACCCAACAAAAACACCAAAUGUUACCCCAGUGAAGACACCAAUGAAUUAUUCUCCAAGCACAACUGCCCCAACAACUAAAACCAGUGCUCACUUCCAUCGAAUGUCAUCAACAAGUGACGAGGAUUUCCACGGAUUCGAAAGCAAUGCAACAGGCAAUAACGAAUGGCAAAUAGUGAAAACAACAAACACAAAAAGAAGAAAAAUAAACGCAAGCACUACAACCCCCAUCGAAAUUCGGAAUACAUUUAAUGCUCUGAGUAGGACGAACGAGGAUACCCAACCAAACAACAGCCCAAGUAAAAUCCCUAAACCACCCCCGAUAUACAUCUAUGGGGUUGUGGAUUAUGCAGUGAUGGCAAGAAAAUUAAAAGCUGUUGUAAAAGAUGAAGAAUACACCACCAAAUGCUUAGCAGACAACACAAUCAAAGUAAACAGCACUACACCAGAAUCCUACAGAAAACUCGUAAAGUUUAUGCGUGACAGUGAUAUAAUUCACCACACCAACCCAAAGAAGAUCGUGCAUAUAGAGUAGUGAUCAAACACAUGCAUUACACAACAGACAUCAAUAUAAUUAGGCAAGAUCUGGAAAAUUACGGACAUAAAAUUUAGAACCCUCUGAAAAUAACAAAGAUGUGUACAAACUGAAUUACCUCCAAAACAGAGCGGUACAAAUCGAACCACCAAUAAAAACAAGAGGAAUCACACAAUGUACAAGGUGCCAGCAAUAUGGACACUCUAAAACAU